GCAAAUGUUCGAUACACAUCCGGGCAAAUCUUUGCGCGUGGUGUAGAGGGCACUUCAUGCCUGUCAAACGGAUUCAAAUUCCACUGUAACAACAUCCAAAACAAAUGCAACAUUUUAUAACGCAGAAUAGUACCACCAGUUUCUAGAAAUAAAGGAAAGUAAUAAUUAACGAGAAGAAUUUAAAAUUUCUCAUACCUCGCGGUACCCGAGAAAGUCCCCCUCGUACCCAGUUCUGUGAAAGUGUGUGAUGGAAUUCCGCCAAAAGACAACAUAAACAUUCCAUCCUGUUGGGUGACAUUUUCCAGCGAAACUGGACCCGUUUUUCCCGUCCUACCCACAGCUGUUCGAUAGCAAAAGUGGGAUAAAAAAAAAGAACAGAAGCAGUUGUUUAGAUGACACAAGGGCAGAGCGACAGUGGGCACAUUUUCCUGAGACGCCAUUCCCGUGCUCAAUCCAGUUGUUUUUCUCAUUUUUUUUUCACCCCGCAAUCUCCCAUCUAAAACACGGAGUGUGUGUGUGUGUCGGUGAGUCAUCACCACCACCCCGCACCGGAUACAAUCAACCGCCGCCAGUCCAAGCUGCAAUCAAACCGAAAUGUAAUCGCUGUACAAACAGCAACAAUUGCGAGCUUUUCGCGUCUGCACGCCGACGAUGUGAGUGAGCUUGCCAGUGCGAGCACAACCAAAAGUAGCAAAAACAACCAGUGUGUGUGUGUGUGUGAGUGUGUGUGCCAAGACAAAGAGGGGGGCAAGAAGAUGGGCAGCCAGGCGUCCAGCAUUUCGCAGCGCAUUUUGCCGGCCGAUGCGGUCGACUCGCUGCAGUUCGAGAUCAAAAAGCAGGUCCACAUCUUCUCCGAGAUCAACAACCUCGGGUACGAAGACUUCCAGAAGUGUCUGGCCGAUCUGAACCGACUCUCCCGGAAGUGUCUCGACCCGAACGGGAAGCAGCUGGUCUUUGCGGUGAAGAAGGGCACGGACAACUCCAUCCUCUGGAAGCGGACGGUGCGCAUCGCCUGCGUCAAGAUCGACCCGGAGACGCGCAAGAUUGACUGCUUCAAGCUGCUGACGCUGCAGCAGUUCCUGCAGGUGUUCCGCACCUUCCAGACGAACCUGCACGCGAUGGUGACGGUCGAGAGCCAGCGGAUACACAGUCCGGGCGCGAGCCCGUCCCGGUCGAGCACCGGCAGCUCCGCCACCGGGCCGCCGGACACGCCGCCGUCGGCUAAGGUGGACGGGGCCGGCCCGUCCGCUGCUGCUGCUGGCGCCGCCCGGCCACCGCCGGAGAGUCCUGCUCGCACCGCCACGCCCACCACCGUCCCGCUGUCCAGCUCGGCCUCGACCUGCUCGUCGUCGGGCGGCGGCACGUUCGUCUUUCCCGACUGCACCACCGCCUCGAUCCUGAUGGCGCAGGUCGAUGCGAUCGCGGCCGGCCCAGCGGACGCGACCGACCACGCCGACGAGUGCUGCAUCUGUCUCGAGCGCCGGCCGGAGGUGUCGCUGCCGUGCGCCCACAGCUACUGCAUGCCGUGCAUCGAGCAGUGGAACAUCCACCAGAAGACGUGCCCGAUCUGCGACGAGGCGCUCGCCAGCACGGACGACACCUGGGUCCUGUCCGAGAUGCCGGAAGCGAACGAGGUGAGCGAGGAGAUCUGCGCCACGCUGCUGAAGCUGUCGAACGAGCCGGUCGCGGACGACGACGACGACGGCGACCGGAACUGGCUGCGCCGGAUGCUGGACUUGUGAUUUGGCCUUUGGGAGGGGAGAAGAAGGGAUAGGGUAGGGUGGGGGGGGGGGGAGAGAGAGAGGGGAGAGUGUUUGUUGGCCACUGUACUUUUACUUCUUUUUUUUCAACUCUAAAAUCAAAUGUUUUAUUUGCUCACUAUUAAGCGCUGCUGAGGGAUUUUCGAAUCUAGAGCAAAGUGAUCGGUAAUGUGCUUGCUCAAUGAAUUACGUCAAGCCCUUCCUAUUUAAUAUUUUCGUUUCUUCCUUUAGACUGUUCCAUAUACUAUCGAUUUUCUAAAAGGCCUUAAAUCACGCCUCCUUCAACAUCUUGUUAACCAGUUUUGCAAAGCCAUCCUAAUGUUAUAACACUAUUAAUCGCUUUUCCCUCUAUUUACGGCUCUUUAAAGCCGACAACAAUCGAUAUAUGUUAGAGUUAGGUUAAUAUUUUCUUGACUUUUUUUUUCUUUUACAAUUAACAGCAAAUAUCCCAUUACGGCGAGUUACUCGUAGGGCGCAAUAAUCAAAAUCGUAUGAGAACCUUUUUGCAUCGAAAACAUGUGCGGUCCCUUUUUAGAUAUUAUUAUGCUUCACGAUGCCAAAAUAUCAAUCAAUUAAUAAUAUUGGGAUGCAUUAAAAAUUGCACCAACGCCGCCACGUUUGAUAUUGUGAUGAAAAUUAUGUUUUUAUUUCUUAUACAGUGGCGGCCACCUAAAGUCGGGCACCGCUUAUUUUCGUGGUCAUUUUGCUGCUGAAAUGAUUGAAAUGAAAUGACCAGUCUUCCAGUGGACCGCAUACCAAAUUUCAUACCUUUGCUAUCAGUUAUCAGCAUACCAAGUUCUUAAAUCAUUUGCUACCAAUUAUUACAGGGGUUCCCAGGGGUUCUCAUAGUUGUGAGACACUUCCUUGACUUUAUCUUAUAGGAAGUGAACUUCAUAACGUUGGAAAUUGAACUCUAUGGCACGCGUUUUGUUCAGGCGCCUUCGAUAUUCCUAUUGGUUUUGUCCAACAAGGAUGCUAUAGAGUCCAAUUCCCAAACAACAUUAAGUUCAUUUCACGUAGGAAGGAGUCCCACAGCUAGGAGAACUCCUGGAAAAUUCAUCGACUAUGUUGAGUGGUCAUCGGCGUAUUAAAUAACCUAGGCCAUCUAGAGAACUGUCAGUCUACAGAACUUUCCAGGAUGUCGCAAAGUCAGAUGAUAGGUGAAAAUAAGCGGUGUCCGACUUUAGGUGACCGCCACUGUAAUUCAAAUGAACGUUUGGCAAGAUACCGUACAAGUGCUAUGAGUACCAAAAUUUACUUUAAUAAUUGCGGGCUCGGUCGUGCGAUGCGAGAAAAGGAAGAUACUGUUGAAUGCGGCAUCUCCAGAUGAAAAAUCGGAAGUGCCAAACAAAGAAGUGGAAAUACAAGAAGCUAUCCAUAAAAGGUGUUAUUCCCCGCUUAGAUGAAGGAGCUUAUCAUAAACUACCUGCAAACGCUUAUUGUCGUUUGCAUGAAUUUUAGACGUAUCGGCAAUCCACGUUGCUCGCUUUGAUAAUGAACGGAGGCUUCGUUGCAAUUCUGCUUCUAUACAGGGUUCGCGGUUUCUUUCUCUUGAAUAUUUGUGAAUAUUUGCUUAAAUAAGCGAUGUCAAACUUUUUUGACCCCGCGGGCCAAAAUGCCGCCGAAAAUAGUAGCACGGGCCGCAGCCUAGUUUUUGUAUUACAUUAUAUGAUACAAACAUCAGAUCGUUGGCAGUUCUUUUCAUUCCAUUUUGGGAUAACUGUUACGUUACAAUAGUUUAAACUUUGUUGUUAAAUAAGGUACAAAAAAAUAAAUGUUGUAGCAGAUUAUUUUCAAUUGGCCAAAGGCCUCUGAUAUUUUCAUAAUUUGCAUAGUUUUGUGGCAACUAACAAGAUUUUAUGCGCAAAAAUAAUGCCAACAACCUGGGCAUGACUAAUUACGUUGGUUUAUCCAAUACAGGUGUACUAAAUUUUAUGUUGAAAUUGGUGUCAUUUUGAUUAUCAAUAUUUUUGAGCCGAGAUCGAUUGAUGCUGUGCAAAGUCCAUGAAUUACUACAGGUUGGUUUGUCUAGUCCAGUCUAGACGUAGACAAAUCUUCAUUUGACAGUUGGAGAGUGCAAUGUGUCAUUCAAGUCUUUAGUUACCAUUACUCUUCUCCUGCUAAUCUCCAUAGCAAUCCCUAUUUGCUAUGGCCACCAACAUCAGAACCAAUUCACCAGUAGUAUAUCUAAUCAUAUUGGUCUUGGUAGGCUGCCUCAUGAAAAGCUUGCGAUCGUUUGUAACAUCUCUUGAUAUUUCGGGUGUGCGGAGUUUACUUACUUGUACUGUAGAGGCAGAAAUGCUACUACAAAUAAAUGUUGGCUCAAGCCUUCGCUGGCCACACCGAAAGACCCCGUAGGCCAUCAGUUUGACAUCUUUGGUUUAAAUAUUUUUCAUCAUUUCAGUCCGACAGCUUUCCGGAAAAUCUUCUGGCAUUAUUCUUUAAUAUGUCAAAUUGUCUUUGAUUAUGUUGACCGGGCAUUGUUCUUGCUAGUUCACAUAGGAAAGCUCUGGUUACCUCCGGAAGACGAAUUCUGAAGAGUUGCAGGUUACCGAUCCACUGUAAAGGGAGUUCCGUUUUGUAAAAGGGUUGAUCAAAUACCUUUUUAAAUUUAUUUAGAAAAUUAAAUUAUUAUAACCAUCAGUAAUUUCCAGUUUUUAACAUUACGUGAGGACGAAUUACCCUUUGCGGAUAGCAUGUUUGUCGCCGGAAGUUGCUAAAAACCCUUUUAGUUUUCAAUGGAAUACAUUUUUUGUGUCCCUUUCAAUCGUUCUGAACUGAAAAGCAUGCAUAUAUAUUUUCCCUCCAUAAUGCUUAACACUUCCGACGACCUAAUUUGGACCGCAGAGCACUCUUUUCGCAAACCGCUUACAGUUGCCCGAUAAGCAUAAGCAUCCGUCGGCACUUGGGCACGCGUGCAGCUUUUGAAAAGCCGGAAAAGCGCGGCCCUCCCACAGCUUUAUUACUGUACAUUCUAGCGCUGGGGAAAAAGGAUUUUUUCGGCAGAAUCCAUUCCGGCUAGCUCCAAAGUUUUCUGGAAUCGAUUUCGGAUAGCAGGUAUCAGCUCUAGAAUCAGAAUUAGUUUCAGAAUCGGAAUCGGGUCCGGCAUCGAAAACGGCUCUGGAAUCGGAAUUGGCUCCCAAAUUGGUUCCGGAAUCGGGAUCGGCUCCAGAAUCGGAAUCGUCUCCGGAAUAGGCUCUGCUCUGCUCUGCUGCUCUGGAAUCGGUUCAGGAAUCGAAAUUGCCCCCAAAAUUGAAAUUGGCUCCGAAAUCAAAAUCGGUUCCAGAAUCAGAGUCGGCUCUGGGAUGAGAAUCGGAAUAGGCUCCGAAAUCGGAAUCGACUGCGGAAUAGGAAUCAGCUCUGGAAUCGGUCCAGGAAUCGAAGCCGUUUGGGUUCAAUGAUGCUAGAUAUUGAUAGCCGCAAAGAAUCCAAAUUUACUUGUAAACGAUCCAUUCUCAUAGAGAUUCUCGGAUUGAUUUCGCUUCUGAAACUUCAUAUUUCAAGAACUGAUGCUCAUUCCGGAGCUAAUUCAACUUCUGGUGUCAAUUCCGAUUCUGAUUUUGAUUCCGGAACCGUUUCUGAUUCCGAAGCCAAUUCCGGAGUUGACGCCGAACCUGAUUCUGGAAUCGAUUCCGAAGCCAACUCCGGAAUCGGAAUCGGGUAGGUGUGAUUCAGAGCUCCCACCACUAGUAUAUUCACGAAACGUACCACGAUUUAAAUGAAGAAUGUAACGCGAGAGGGAUAAAGGAACAGGAAAACCCGAUUUGUGACAAAAAUCCAUAUAUUUCUUCAGUUUUAAGCUAUCAGACUCUUUCUUUUUUCUAACGGCAUUCUGUGUGCUUUCUCCGUGCUUUCCACUCUUUUGCAAUGAACAGCCUACUUUACUGGCAUGUGUGUGUGUGUUGAGAGGAUGUCAAUAUAAAAAAAAGCCCUAAUUCAAAUUUUGUUAACAGCUGCGCGCGCAACACGUGCUAUUGCUUUCUACUUUCGCAACGGAACGCACAUGGGCGAAAUAAAACAAACAAACAAAAAAACGAUGCAAAUGUUGGUGUUGCACCAGAGUUCAUCAUCUAAAUUAUGGGAUAAUGAAGCAAGCGAAA